AUGUGUAGAAUCCAUUUUAUUAGUAUUCUGAAUUAUCUCAAAAAUCGAAAAAAUUAUAUUUUUGGAAACUUACGUGCCGGUGACAAAAUAUGUUAUAUAUCAAGUAUAUAUAUAUAUACUAGUGGGCUUUGGGCUUACUACCUAAUCACUAGUAAUAUACUCAUCGAUUCCAAAACUCUAGACACACCGCUAUCAUUGAUGUUAUCUAGCAAUUUAUACAAUCAUUUUGGGCCAUAUCUGAUGCCCAAACUCUUAAAUCAAGAAUCCCUAAAUAAAUUAAUGUCUAUGCCCAAUGACUCAAAUUUAAUAGCAAUGGGCAAUUCCAUUAGGGCUUUCAAUAGGAUUGCUGUUAACCGAUGUGCAAUCGACUAUGCAAUGACGAUUAUUGGCGAUAAAAAUGUAGUCAAUGAUGGUGUUUUACACACUAAUAAAUUGGAUAUUAUGGAUUCAUAUGGUAAUAUAUGGAAUUUUAACAAAUUUUUAUACUUACUAUGUGAUCCAAAGCUUAAGUUGUAUAACAAUGUCACUAACCACUCUAAAUUUGUAAAUUUAUUAAAUUCAAUUGAAUCGUUGAUGUUAAAUUUACCAAUCGAACAUUGGGAAGUCCCCUACCAGUACUUAAAGGAUUUAUCAAUGGCCGCUGCUGAAAUAGAAGAAGAAUGGAUUAGAGAGAGAAUACUAUUUAUUUUAUCGCAAUUUAUGAGAAACCAAAACAAUGUAAGAAAGUUGGUAAUAGUGGAAAUGAAGGGGAUUGAUUUGCUUUUUGAUGUAUUAAAUAAUGGGUUAACCUACAAAUCUGACUUCAACAUUUUCGAUUAUACCCAAAACAUUCUGAAUGAAUAUCCUAUACUUAAAUUAUUAUACACAGAAUUUGUAAGUAAUGAUUAA